CAUUGAACAAACAUAGGCCUCGCGAACGCCUUUUCACCACUGCGCUCUACGAAUUUAAGCGGCAAGGCAAUUGCAGUCAUUGAUCCGCUAGAUAAUCACUCCGUGUGAUUCACGGUUCGCGCACCCCAACUGCGGAUACGCCGGCAGAAAAACCAAUCCCAACCAGAGAAAAAAAAAACCGCGCACAUCUUUCGAAUUCUAUAAGAAAGGUUCUCCACCACGGCCUUCAGCGCAGCCUGCAGAAAAAUCCACGACAUCUUCAACCAUCAGAACACCAUCGCUGAAAAGAUUUCCACGACACGAUGGCAGAACAGCCCAUCAACCCACUCGAAAAGAUCGGCGCUGACAUCAGCGAGCUUUCCAGCGCAGUGUCCUCGCAGCUUUCAAUAUGGAAGGGCAACUUCCUCCGCAACUCUAGCGCUGCCUUCGACAACAUGAGCCCCAAACAGUGGAUCCGCCUCAUCAUUAUCGUGUGCACGUACCUGCUCAUACGACCGUACCUGGUCAAGUUAGGCGCGAAAGUGCAAGAAAAACAAAUGGAGAAGGCGGCGCGGGAGAUGGGCAUCACUCCCGGUACCAAAAUUACGGCCAAUGACCUACGACAGGCGAAGAGCCAGAUCGACAUACCGGGCGUGGACAGUGACAGCGAGGAUGAGAAUGAUGGGAAGCUGAGCCAGUGGGGGAGGAAGCAGAGGAUCCGGCAGAGGAAGCUUGUCAAGCGCGCGAUGGAGAUUCACGAGCAGAACCUUGCGGCGAAGGGUAACGAGAGCGACAAGGACAUCGACGAUUUGUUGGAGGACUAGACGUGUACUGUACCAUACAAGCGGAAGGCUGGUCCAGAUGGCAAAGCCUGUCCUAAGAACUGUUUUCUUUGCGCAGCACUCGACCAAAAUUCAAGAUUUCCUCGUCCAAACGCCUUGCUCUAAGAGCAUGGGAAUUCGACCUGCCAGAUAGGCACGACGGGCUCUCUGCGCUCAGCUAUCGCCACCCCGAGCUUGUCACGGAAAUAUCGAAGCGUGGUCGCCGGCAGGCACAUCUGAUCUAGCAGAUCCCUCAAAUCAAGCUCGUCAUCCCACGUCUGUAUGUCCGAAAAGCAGCUGACGCCCGCGUCAGCAAGCUCGUACGCUAAGCGCACCAAGCCCAGACAAAACCGCACCCAGUGCUCAAUGACCUCGGCGUCAAAGGAGGCGGAAUGCUGUCGAAACUCGAUUGUGGGCGGCCGCUUCUCGAGAAGCU